UGCAAAAAGGUGCAAUUUUAAUGGGCUUUUUAGCUGUCUUGUAUUUUAAAUUUGAAAUUCAACAAACGAAGUUUAUCAUUCGUCACAAUCUCAAAAAUAUUUCAGUCCAAUUUCUCUCCACAGCUCAUACGAACUCUCCCAAAAAGCAUGGUUCUAAUGACAGUUCAAACUUCAAAGUGAUGCUGGAUUACUUUUUCGUAAUCAAGGACGGUCAUGAUGCAGACAGUUCUAAACAAAGUACGGGUGAUAUGACUGCAUUCGUCCAAAACCUUCUCCAGCAAAUGCAAUCUAGGUUCCAAGUAAUGUCGGAGUCCAUCAUUACUAAAAUUGAUGAGAUGGGAAACCGCAUUGAUGAGUUAGAGCAGAGCAUCAACGACCUAAGAACCGAGAUGGGUCAAGAUGGUGCUCCGUCGCCUUCAGCUCCAUCGAAGUCUGGAGAAGAUCCAAAGUCAGGUGAAGAUAGUUAAUCAAACGAGUGCUUCUACAAAAGCACAGUUUGUUAUUUUUCUCGUCUCGUAAUUUUCCCAUGGUCUAUUCUGUGACCGUAUUUCUUGGGAGGAAAUUAGUGUGCUUGAUGUUUGGUGUGUCAUUUGGGUGUGUGGAUGUGUAAUUUGCUCGCUGAAGACAGAGCAUUACGAGCAAACUAUGGUGUUAUUGUGUAACUGCAAGUUUUUAUUCGAGUUUUUUCCUAGUCCUAUAUUAUCUUGAUGGGAAAUUGGUCCCUAAAACCAUAAACUUUGCCUAAAAUUUUAUUACAAACUUUACACUUUGUUUGGUA